GUGGCGGUAGGGACUUGCUCGGGACAGUUGGGCACUCCCUUCGCUACUAGAGGGGAACAGGAUAUUAUUGAUGUGCUUCAUGACAUUGAAGACAGGAACCUGAAGGAAUAUUAUUGUUUUCAAUAGAUGUUAAUAUUUUAAUAGAAGUUGAUUCGGGAAAGAUCGGACUAACGCAUCCCAUUGCACCCUCCAUCAUCCAUCCAUCAUGAGUUCCUGGGUUGUGAACAAGAAAGGAGGGCUGCGGUACUGCCACCACUUCCUCACAGACAACAGCAUCUUUCAUGUGGAGCGAUGUAUGAGCGCCAUGCAGUCAGGGACCCAGAUGGUGAAGUUGAAGGCUGGUUCCAAGGGGCUGGUGAGACUGUUCUACCUGGACGAACAUCGCUCCUGUAUCCGAUGGAGACCCUCACGCAAGAGCGAGAAGGCCAAGAUCACCAUUGAUUCGCUGUACAAGGUGACGGAGGGCCGUCAGUCAGACAUCUUCCACCGCCAUGCGGAGAACAGUUUCGACCCAGCCUGCUGUUUCACCGUUUAUCAUGGCAACCACAUGGAGUCCCUAGACCUGGUGACCUCUAACCCUGAGGAGGCUCGGACCUGGAUGACAGGAAUACGAUACCUGAUGGCUGGCAUCAGUGACGAGGACUCACUGGCAAAACGACAACGCACACACGACCAAUGGAUGAAGCAGACGUUUGAGGAGGCUGAUAAGAACGGGGAUGGUCUGUUGAACAUGGAGGAGAUCUACCAGCUACUGCACAAGAUGAACGUCAACCUGCCCCGCAGGAAGAUCAAACACAUGUUCCAGGAAGCGGACUCGGAUGACCAACAGGGCACGUUGACUUUUGAGGAGUUCAGUGUGUUUUAUAAGAUGAUGUCACUGCGGCGGGACCUGUAUCUGCUGCUUAUGGGAUACAGUGACAGGAAGGACCACCUGACUGCUGACGAGCUGGCCAACUUCCUGCUCAACGAACAGAAGAUGGUGAAUGUGACUACAGAGUACUGUUUGGAUGUCAUCGAAAAGUUUGAGCUGUCUGAAGAGAACAAACAGAAAGGCAUUCUGGGAAUUGAGGGUUUCACCAGUUUCAUGCGCAGUCCCACGUGUGAUGUGUUUAACCCUGAACACCAUGAAGUGAACCAGGACAUGGAUCAGCCUCUGAGUAGCUACUACAUCUCCUCGUCUCAUAACACCUACCUGACGGGAGACCAGCUGCUUUCUCACUCCAAGACAGACAUGUACGCCUGGGUACUACAGGCUGGCUGCCGCUGUGUGGAGGUGGACUGUUGGGAUGGUCCUGAUGGAGAGCCCAUGGUCCAGCAUGGCUACACUCUGACCUCCAAGAUCACCUUCAAGUCUGUCAUAGAGACCAUCGACAAAUACGCCUUCAUCAACAACCAGUACCCAGUGAUCCUGUCCAUAGAAAACCAUUGUAGCAUCCAACAACAG